AUGUCCAAGAUCGCGUCUACAUUCUCGCGCUUGGUGCGUUUCGUGCCCAAAUCCAACCCCGCCAAGGUCUUGAUUGGAGAGCCCGUUGAUGCGCAGCUCGAUGUAGGACUGGCACUGUAUCAGGGAAAGGAUGUUUCCGUACGCCCUUUCUCGGGCUCUUCCGUGCUGAAUCCAGGUGCGGCGACCGGUGCAACCGAGACAAUUGAACGUGUUCUCUCUCCUCUUGCGCAGACUGAAGUCGGCUCCAUUCGCUGCAUUGGUCUAAAUUAUGCUUCGCAUGCCAAGGAAAUGUCUAUGGACCUGCCCGAGCUACCAACUCUCUUUCUCAAGCCCGCAACAUCACUCGCUGAUCCGUGGCCCGCGCCAACCGUCUUGCCCAAAAUCACCCAGCAAGACAACACCGGCGACUACGAGUCAGAGAUGGUGAUUGUAAUUGGCCGUGAUGCCAAAGACGUGUCCGAAGCGGACGCAUUAGACUACGUUCUGGGCUACACAGCAGCCAACGACGUGUCCAGCCGAACCUCUCAGAUGAAUCAGAGCCAGUGGAGCUUCUCAAAAGGCUUCGACGGUGCUUGCCCCAUUGGCCCGGUUCUCGUCUCCGCUGCGUUGGUCCCCGAUGCUAGCAAGUUCCACAUCCGAGGCAUCAAGAGUGGCCAAGUGAUGCAGGACUGCCCACUAACCGAUCUUGUCUUCGGUGUUCCGCAGCUGGUCAGUUUCUUGUCGCAGGGCACUACCUUACCAGCAGGAACAAUCAUCCUCACCGGUACUCCCCCUGGUGUGGGUGGAGGUCAGAACCCCAAGAAUUAUCUCAAGAGCGGUGAUGAGUUCGCAGUGGAGCUUCUUCCUCAUGUGGGCACUUUGAUCAACAAGAUUGAAAAUCAAUAA